GAUGAGAAAAACCAGAUUAUCCACACAAAUAUCUGGCUACAACUAAUCUGGAACGCAGCCAAUCUGCGAUGGAACAAGGACGAAUACGGAAACGUGUCCUCAAUCAGAGUGCCCAAACACAUGGUAUGGGUUCCAGACAUCCUUAUGUACAACAGCGCCAGCGACAACUUUGAUCAGACUUUUGCCACGAACGUAGUCAUCAACAGCGACGGAUCCUGUCUCUACGUGCCUCCUGGGAUGUUCAAAAGCACAUGCGCCAUUGACAUCACCUGGUUUCCUUUUGAUGACCAAAAAUGUGACCUUAAAUUCGGCUCAUGGACGCACGAAGGUCAUCUGCUGAAUCUAACCCAGGACAAACCGGAUGGUGGAGAUAUUACCAGCUUCAUUAGGAAUGGAGAAUGGAUGCUUAUUGGCAAUCAAUUGUGCAAUCUAUUGUUUGCAUCUUUUUUGAUCAAAUUCUUCGUUGUUUACUUUAAUUUACAUUGUGUUUCUUAUUCUAGAAACUUACUUUGUUCGUGUUAUUUGACAACUGAUUACAAAAUGCCGCCAACAUCAGACGCUCUUCCACUGAUAGGAAUCUAUUUUGCAUGCAUCAUGAUGAUGGUGUCUGUCUCCAUUGUGUUCACUGUCUGCGUGCUCAAUUUUCACUACCGCUCGCCAGACACUCACACCAUGCCUAACUGGAUCAAGAACUUCGUGUGCGGCUGGUUGGCCUGGGUGCUGCGGAUGAAACGUCCCGGCGGCACUCCGUCCAGAAGAUCGUUGAUGCAGAGAGCCCAGGUGAAGGAUUUCAAGCUGGGAACAUUGGAGGAGAAGUCCCGCAGCCUGAUGGCCAACGUCCUCGACAUGGAUGAUGAUCCCAGAAUGGCAAAAGGAAGCGCCGCAAGUUUUAUUCUGAAGAUGGAGGACAGCAUAGGAAUGGCAUCGUCAUCUGUACGUCAUGACAUCACGUGUAUUCUCCGCGAGAUCAAGAAGGUCACGGCCAAGUUCCGAAAGGAGGAAGAAGAGAAUGAUAUCAGAAACGAGUGGAGGUUCGCUGCCAUGGUGAUGGACCGGCUCUGUUUUAUCAUCUGUAUCAUCUUCACCCUGGGCUCUACACUAGCUGUCAUAGCUUCGGCUCCACAUCUGUUGACUUAG